AUGGCGAUCAAGCAUAACAACGCCGUCCCCAACAACCAUUUCCGCAAGGAUUGGCAGCGCCGUGUGCGCACGCACUUUGAUCAGCCGGGACGGAAAACCCGCAGGCGUCAGGCGCGUGUCGAGAAGGCCGCCAAGAUCGCCCCGCGACCGCUCGAUAAGCUGCGACCCGUUGUGCGAUGCCCGACCAUCAAGUACAACCGCCGUGUGCGCGCUGGCCGUGGCUUCUCUCUCGCUGAGUUGAAGGAGGCUGGCAUUCCCCGCAAGCUGGCACCCACCAUCGGUAUCUCUGUCGACCCCCGCCGCCAGAACCUCUCCGAGGAGUCCCUCAAGGCCAACGUCGCGCGUCUCAAGGAAUACCAGCAGCGCCUCAUCCUCUUCCCCCGCCGCAACGGGAAGCAGACCAAGGGCGACGCCUCCGCCGAGGAGGUCAAGGCCGCCAAGAACGGCGAGGGCGUUGCCAGCGCCACCUCCGCCGUCAUCCCCAUCGUCCACGCCGCCGCCAUCACCGAGGGCAAGCUGUCGGACUACCCGACCGAGGAGAACGCGUACAGGAAGCUGCGUCUGGCCCGAUCGGAGGCGCGCUAUGUCGGCGUGCGGGAGAAGCGUGCGAAGGCCAAGGCGGACGAGGAGAGCGCGAAGAAGAAAUAGAUGCUCGACACGGGACGAGGUGGGGAGGUUCAGCGUGGAAAAGCUCUUAUUAUGGUUCGGUGUCACGGUUCAUUAUAACUAGCUACGGCUCGGAAGGCGAGUUAACGUGUUUUUGCACGAAAAAUAUCAUGACCGCUUCAAUUCUUCACCGCCAAUUAUCUGCCGCUACCUUCAAUUUGUGACCCGACCCUCGAAUGAGUGAUUCUGAUUUCGAAAUCUCUCGGUAACGUAUAUAUAAUCGCAUGAGCCAGGUCACCUCCAGCCUACUUUCCCUUCUUAUGUAGGCCAUCGAGCCUUUCGUCGCUCAGGGAUUGAGGUGCUGUAAAGC